CAAACUUGGUCCAGCCAGAAUUCAGAGAGUCGAAACUCAGUGUCAGAGGGGGGAGCUGAUGAGAGAGAGAAAGGAAGAAGAAGAAGGACGUACAAGGGCAGCAAAGACGGUGCCGCCUUGUGAUCUUAGAUGCAAAGGCAAAGCUGCCAUUGAGUUCCUUGAUGACCUGAACAUCGGAAUAAGGCACCCUUUCUCGGAGGAUACACGGUAGGCUUCGAUGAUCAGCUUGAUGGUGUUUUUGGAGAACCUAACCUACAAAUUUGAUUUUAUUCCACCAUAGAUUAAAAGGGAAACAAAAUUGAAUUAGUAGCAGAGCUUGGAUAUUGCUUCCUUCAAUCAAUCACUGUUCCAAAGCUACAAUUUUGUGGAGAAAUAAACAUAUAUUUUACAAUGCCGCUGGUUGUGAAGGCAGUAAGUUCGAGCAGGACGAACGAAAUUAAGGGCACAUAUGGAAAGACGAUAAAAACAAGGGGGAAAAGGAUAACGGUUGGUCACCAACCAACAGUCCAAGAAUGAGAAGAUUCGUCGGUGAACCCCUACUUUCCCCUUUUCAAUGGACUUUGCUGUCUCUUUCUUAGUCUUGAAACCAGCAUCAUAUGGGAUCCACACUCCCAAUUUUCCCUUAAGCCAAGUGGAAAUACCAACAGUGAAGAGUGGAAUGCAUGAAUGAAUGAGAGGCCGGUUUUUGGGGCAAAAGCAAUCUCACUUUGUUAAUCAACCAUGCCGAUUUUGAAAGCAGGGAGUAGGCCACCAUGGGUUGGUCUAGGAGCUGCAGUUUGGGUUCAGAUUGCAGUUGGAAAUGGUUUCAACUUCACUCUCUAUUCCACUUCUCUGAAAUCUGUUAUGGGUUUCAGUCAACAGCAGCUCACCAUACUUGGAGUUGCUAAUGAUCUCGGGGAGAAUUUUGGCCUUCUUCCCGGUGUCGUCUGCAAUAAAUUACCACCUUGGAUUGUUCUAUCCAUUGGAGCUUGCGCUUGUUUCUUGGGUUAUGGAGUUAUCUGGCUUGUUGUGAGCGAGACUGUUGAGUCUCUGCCUUAUUGGGUGAUUUGGCUUGCUCUUUGUCUCGCCACUCAUAGCAGUGCCUGGUUCAGCACGGCUGUGCUUGUAACUAACAUGCGGAACUUCCCUCUCACAAGGGGCACUGUUGCUGGCAUUCUCAAAGGCUAUGGGGGAAUAUCUGCUGCAGUAUACACCGAGAUCUACACUACAGUAAUGCAAAACUCUUCUUCAAAGCAAUUGCUGUUCCUCACACUUGGUAUUCCUCUUGUAUGUUUUGCAUUAAUGUAUUUUGUUAGGCCUUGUACGCCAGCAGCUGGAGAAGACUCUGCAGAACAUGGCCACUUUCUUUUUGUCCAAGUUGCCAGUAUUGUUCUUGGCAUCUAUCUUCUCACGACGACUAUAUUGAUCGAUGUACUCAACUUGAGUGCUCCCUUUACCUACAUAUUUGUUGUUAUCAUGGUUCUCCUUCUCGUGGCUCCAUUUGCAAUCCCUCUAAAGAUGACACUCUACCCUGCUGACCGUAAGAAACCAGGUACACUUGGCCUACCUGUUGGUUAUUCAGAUCAUCAGAUUCCAAGUGAAGACAAUUCAGACAGAACAGAGCCAUUGUUGACUCCAUCUUCAUCAGCAACACAGCUUGGAAGUUUUCAUGAAAUUGAUGAUGCUUCCGACAUUGAUAUACUUCUGGCUGAAGGUGAGGGAGCAGUGAAGGAAAAGAAGCGACCAAGGAGAGGGGAUGAUUUCAAGUUCCAUGAAGCUAUUGUGAAAGCGGAUUUCUGGCUUCUCUUUUUGGUUUAUUUUUGUGGGGUUGGGUCUGGAAUAACUGUUCUCAAUAAUCUGGCUCAGAUUGGGAUUUCACUAGGUGUGGAUGAUACAACAAUUCUGCUGUCUCUCUUCAGUUUUUGCAAUUUUAUUGGCCGUCUUAGUGGAGGUGCUGUUUCUGAGUACUUUGUCAGAUCAAAAGCAUUCCCUCGGACAAUUUGGAUGACAUGCACACAAGUAAUCAUGAUCAUUACAUAUCUUCUGUUUGCUUCAGCUCUCAGUGGUACCCUUUAUGCAGCUACUGCUUUACUCGGGAUCUGCUAUGGAGCUCAGUUCUCUAUCAUGAUUUCAACUGCCUCUGAGCUUUUCGGGUUGAAGCAUUUUGGUGUAAUUUACAAUUUCAUGGGGCUUGGUAAUCCUCUCGGUGCAUUCUUCUUCUCAGCUCUUCUUGCUGGUUAUAUAUAUGAUGAAGAGGCCGCAAAACAGCAUGGGUUGAAUUUGCUCAAGAAGAGUGUUUCCUGCUUGGGUCCUGAUUGUUUUAGGCUUACAUUCUUCGUUCUAGCUGGUAUCAGCAGUCUGGGCUCUAUAUUGAGCGUAAUCCUCAGUAUUAGAAUUAAACCCGUUUAUCAGAUGCUAUAUGCUGGGGGUUCCUUCUGUCGCACUCAAGAUUCGGGUCACUGAAAGCGAGUUCAGUUUUUUGAUACAUGAAUAUAAAUAAAAGAUAAAGCGCUUCUAUGGAGAACACUUUGACCUAGCUACUUCAGCUAUUCCAGUCUAUGCUUGCCUCCUUACAUGCCCAAGAGAAUUGGGAGUUCCAUUUCUACUUGAAGAUCUUGCAGUUUUGGGGAUAUGUGUAGAAUGCUCAAGGAAAGAUUCUUUCCUCCAUUGUUGUAAAUUGAUGAGAUCUUGCAGUUUUGGGGAUAUGUGUAGAAUGCUCAAGGAAAGAUUCUUUCCUUUAUUGUUGUAAAUUGAUGCAUCUUCUUCAUGCUAGUCCAGAAAAGAUAUUAAUGGUAUUGGAGGUUUCAUGUA